AUGCUCGACGUCGUGAUGCAUGUCCUCUACUGCUUGUUAUUGGCAGGAGGAGGUUUUAUGGGAUAUUCUAGAAAGGGUACGUUACGGUUACGUGUUCAAAUUCUAAAAAUCAUUCAUCACACUAAUGAUAAUGAUAUUUUUCAAUCACUCAUAACAUCAGGUUCUCUUCCUUCCUUAUUUGGAGGUCUUAUCAUUGCAUUGCUCUUUCUCUAUGCUGCUUAUUUGUUUUAUGUGAAAAACUUUGAAAUUGCAAGAACAGUUUCCAUGAUUGCUAGUUUUGUCUUGUUCGGAUUGGGAGCUUUUAGAUUUGUAUCGGUGGAAAAGAAGGCACUUCCUGUGGUGUUUAUGGUGAUGGGAAUUGUCAUGCUUGUGAUGCAAUGGGUGAGAAGGUCUGGUGACGAAGAUGCAAAAUUUAAAUAA